AUGACUGAGUCACCAAUUACAAGUGUCAGCACAGAAAAUUGUCAAGCAAGUAAACAGAAAGGAAUCAAAGGUACAGCAGAAACGACUGAUAUGGAUGUUGACAAUGACACGACCAGAAUCCCAAUCCGGAAUUUCAAUGUCUGUGAUGCCAAGUCCUCUAUUAGCAGAAACGGUGCAGACCUAGAAAGCAAAUUUGGUGAGAUUGUAAAGAGGACAGUCAUAGCAGCUGCACACACAUGCAUGGACCAUGUCAAUGCCACCACCAAGGACCUGGAGAACCUUCGAAAUGAACCACCUUAUCCAGAAACUUCAGCUUGCAUUGUUAAAUGCUUACUCGAAAAGAUCGGUGUUGUAAAAAGCAACAGAUAUUCAAAAAUGGGUUUCAUGACUGCCGUAACACCUUUGGUGUUUACAAAUAAAAAGAAAAUGGAACACAUGAGAACAGUGUCAGAAAACUGUGACAAAGAGGUAAAUCACAAACAUGAGACGCCAUGUCAACUCGGGAAUGAGGUCACUACAUGCAUCUUUAAAUACGCCCCCGAGCUACAUUUUAAGUCUUAA